AUGGACAAAACAGAUGCCAAAGACCAGCCCUUUCAGAUGGAUGAAGAGAAAGACCCACCCAAGAGCCACCCAUAUUCUGUGGAGACCCCAUACGGCUUUCAUUUAGACCUGGACUUUCUGAAGUAUGUGGAUGACAUUGAGAAAGGAAAUACCAUCAAAAGGAUUCCUAUCCACCGAAGGGCCAAGCAGGCCAAGUUUAGCACUUUGCCUAGAAACUUCAGCCUUCCUGACAGUGGGGCCCGGCCCCCUGUGACUCUUCCCCUCUUGAACUGGUCCCCCGUGGUGCCUAGAAAGGUGUCACUUGGGACAGAGGAGCGAGUCCAGACUCUGCCGUUUGGUGAUUCUUCCCAAGCCUUAGCCAGCAGCGCUGAGCUGAGCUACCAUAGGAAGGCCUUGUUGGCUGGAGCCACCAGGCAAUUGCAGGACUCUCCUUCUGAGAAUGAUGAGCUCUGCUCUGGGAGUGGACGGCCCCAGCUUCUACGAGCGUCCAGCAUGCCGGCCACGCUGCUACAGAACAGGGCCUCCGAGGAGCUCUCAGCUCUCCCUCCACCUCCCACCCUCGCUCCUCUUCAGGGGGAGGGCAGUAUCUGUGAUGGCACCUUUGGUCCUGCAGAAGACUUUUCAGGUCUUCACAGUGCCAGUCCCCAAGCAUCCAGCCAAUCAAAAGUCAGAGAGCUGGGAGACCUGGAGAUUCCAGAGCUGGUCUGGGAGAGGGCUGAGCCUCCAGAGGGCAAAGAAGAGAUUCCGAAUCAUCUCUCUUUACCAGCUCCUUCAUUCUUAUCCCAGAAUGCACUUUCAGAGGAUGCAGAAGAGGAACAUGAAACUGGAGAAGUGGAGCUGGUGGUCACUCCUGGCUGCCCAACACCAAGUCCCCCACCUCUGCCAUCACCCAUCCCUGAAAAUGAACUCCCUCUAGAAGAAAUUGAGCUCAACAUCAGUGAGAUACCACCCCCACCACCUGUAGAGAUUGAUGUGAGGAGCAUUGGCAUCAGGGUGACGGAGGAGAGCCUUGGCCUUGCCAGUGUAGAUCCCAGUAACAUCUCCACCCUUCGACAGCAGAUCAUAGCUCUCGAGGGCAAGCUGUCCGGAAGGAGUGAGGAGCUGGCCCAGGUCAGAGCAGCCCUCCAACAGCAAGAAGAGAAAAUCCAGGCCAGAGAGCAGAUCAUCCAAAAGCUAGAAUGCACUGUGGCCCAAUUAGAAGAAAAGCUUAGCCAAAGGAAUGCCAAAGAUGCUCAGACAUUCACACAAAGACACCAGGCUGAUGCCAUGGUGAACACUGACCCCCUCCAUGAACUCCUGACCAGGGAGACAUGUGAUAAGAGCAUUGGGGUAAAUUUUCUAGGCAGGAUGAAAUCCAAAAGCUGGGAGACCAGAGGAGAAGAGAAUGGCAUCCUAUCAGGGCAAGAUAUUUACAAACAAGGAAAUCAGAGCCCAGCAGAAAGGGUACUCCCAUCCCACCUGUCACUGCUGCAGGGGCCUGAGAUGGUCCCCAACCCCUCUUUGCAUAGCUGCCUCUCCACUGAACUCAGGAUUGAAGAAGCAGGUCCUGAACAGGAGGGAGGCCCUUGGGUAGGAAGAGAUGAUCUGGCCAGAGAAGCAGAAGGCUCCUCAUGGAGCAGCAGCGGAAAGCCACCCCCAGCAGGGAAAGGGGAGGCCUGUCCAGAGUUCCCUGGGAAGGAGUGUCCCAAAAGGCCACCAAGCUCACCCACGGAUGUCACCAUCGGGCAAUAUGUCAAGAAGAUCCAGGAGCUCCUGCAAGAGCAGUGGAACUGCCUGGAACAUGGGUACCCAGAGCUGGCCAGCGCCAUCAAGCAGCCCGCCUCCAAGCUCAGCAGCAUCCAGAGCCAGCUGCUGAGCUCCCUCAACCUGCUGCUGUCUGCGUACUCAGCCCAGACCCCCCCACACGAGCCCCCAGCUCCCUCCACCUCCCCACCAAGGGAGAUCUCCCCGUCGACCAGCCUUAAAUCCAUAAUGAAAAAGAAAGACUAUGGCAUCCGUGCAGGAGGUAAUGGGACCAAAAAGAACCUUCAGUUUGUUGGGGUUAACGGUGGCUACGAAACCACCUCAAGUGAGGAGACCAGUGGUGAGGACAGCUCCCCUGAAGACUUAUCAGACAGUGAAGCUGAAAAGAAGUCUGAUGGCUCUGAACACAGGAGGGGGAAAGACACUCACCCCAGCUCCGAGGUCAGGCAGGGCGUCCCCGAGGCCCACUGUGCAGGCCAGGAAAAUAGGCCUGGGGAAGAAAUCCCCCACCCCAAGACUGAGAGAUAUAAACCAUCUGAAGAAUUUCUUACUGCAUGCCAGGCAUUGAGCCAACAUCUUCCAGAAAUUGGGACCACCACGGACCUUCUCUUGAAGCAGAGCUUGAACACCAUCAGUCAAGAAUGGUUCCGAGUCUCCAGCCGAAAGUCAUCUAGCCCUGCUGUGGUGGCCGCCUAUCUUCAAGAGGUCCAGCCUUACUCACCCCACUUUCUAAAGCUGCUUGUCAACUUGGCUGAUGGCAAUGGGAAUACAGCCCUUCACUAUAGUGUCUCCCAUUCCAACUUCUCCAUCGUGAAGCUGCUACUGGAAACAGGUAUCUGCAGUGUGGAUCUUCAGAACAAGGCUGGCUAUACUGCUGUCAUGAUCACCCCCUUGGCUUCUGCGGAGACCAGUGAAGACAUGGCUGUUGUCUGGAAGCUCCUAAGAGAAGGAAAUGUGAACAUUCAAGCUUCUCAGGGAGGCCAGACUGCACUGAUGCUGGGAGUGAGCCACGACAGGGAGGACAUGGUCCAGGCGCUGCUCAGCUGCCAGGCGGACAUCAACCUGCAGGACCAUGAAGGAUCAUCAGCCCUCAUGCUAGCCUGUCACCAUGGCAACACAGACAUGGUACGGCUGCUUCUGGCACAGCCGGCCUGCGACAGCAGCCUGACUGACAAGGCUGGCCGCACAGCUUUGUCCAUCUCUCUGAAAUCCCCCGCCCAUGCGGAAAUUGCAGGGCUUCUGCGAGCCCACGCAGAGCAGGGCAGGUCCCUUGGGUCUUAG